AUGGCAGCCACACCGAAACGUGUUACUUUAUUAUCAUCAUCGUCCUCAUAUUCAUCUAGUAAAAAAUCAAAUAUUGCUGAUUUUCUUCAACCAUUUUAUACAUCAAUUGAAAAUUUAACAGAAAGUCAUAAACAACAAAUUGAAUCAUCAAAUAAAACAAUUGUUGAUCUUGAAAAUGAAAAUAAACAUUUACGUACAGUAUAUGAUCAACAUCCUCAUUCAAUAUUUGAUAUUAAUUAUGUAUCAAGUGAUCAAUUAGUUAUCGAUCAACUUAAAUCAGAACUUGAAAAAUCACAAAAACAGAUUACUGCUUUACAAGACACAUUAAACGAAAAAUGUACGGAAUGUGAUGAUGCGAAAUCUAAAUAUCAUGUGCAGCUUAUAAUGAACCAAAAUAAUAGUGAACAACAAAAUUCUUCUGCUGAUAUUAAUAAAAUGAAAGAACUUGAAUUAAAAUUAAAACAAAUUAAAGAUCAAGUAAAUCAAUUUGAUCAAUGUUAUUAUGAAAAUGAUGAGCAAAUACGUUUAUUAAAACAAAUUUUAUCAAGUAAUGAUCAAGAACAAUCAAGAGCAAUAACACAAAGUUUAACAGUUAAACAAUCGGAUUUAGCACAACAAACAGAUUUUGUUGAAAAUCUUUUAAAUAAACAGCAUGAUGUCAUUUUAAAUAAAAUUGUCCAAUUACUUGAUCAAAAUCCUCGAAAUGAUCAACAAGUAACAGCAAAAAAUAAAAAAACAACAAAAAAAAAACGAUUAUAA